GGCAUUUAAUUAACAUGCGAAACAGGUGCUGGCGCUGCUGGGUCGUCAGCUGCUUACUAUUUACGACGCUUCGCCAAUGAGUCUGGCAUCGCCGUUGAUGUGACCGUAUUUGAGAAGACCGAUCGCAUCGGCGGCCGUACUCUCACGGUGAAUAUCUACGAUGACCCCGUCGAGCCCAUUGAGCUUGGCGCGUCUAUCUUCGUGGAUGUCAAUUACAUCCUCUCCAAUGCGACGCGGGACUUCAAACUCACGGUAAAAGAACCCGGCGUCAAGGAGGGUGGACUGAUGGGUGUUUGGGAUGGAAACUCAUUCGUUUAUACCCAAGACUCUAGCUCCUGGGACUGGGUCAAUCUCGUUCGCCUGAUAUGGAAAUAUGGUACCGUGCCGUAUUAUACCCAUAAGUUAGUGCAGGGCACCAUCGCCACAUUCCUGAAGCUCUACGAAGAGCCUUUCUUUCCGUUCCGAUCACUGUCGACUCGGGCUUUUCAGCUUGAUCUCAUCAAGAUUACUGGAGUGACUGGAAAGCAGUUCCUCGCCGCCAACAAUCUCGACGGCCCUUUCGCUCGCGAUAUCGUGCAAGCCAGCACGCGUGUCAAUUAUGCCUCGAAUCUCGAAUUCAUUCAUGGCUUAGAAACCAUGGUAGCCUUGGCACCGGAAGGGGCUAAAGCGGUUGAAGGGGGCAAUUGGCAGAUCUUCUCUCACAUGAUUAAGGCCUCGAGAGCAAACCUACAUUUGAACUCAGCAGUGACAGCUAUUGCACUAGAUACCAACGGAAAAUACAAGAUUAAAGCAACACAAGAGUCAGAUGAUGUAACAGGGAAAGGGGGCAAAACACAUCCCAUCGCAUUCGAUGAUGUGAUUAUCGCAACACCGUUCCAAUUCGCGAACAUCAGCGCAGAAGAGAAUAUCAUCCAACAACCGAUUGAUACUAUCCCAUACGCUACGCUCCAUGUAACUUUGUUCGCAUCGCCUUACAAGUUUAGCCCUGCCUUUUUCAAAAUGCCUCCAGCUUCCAACGUCCCCGUCUCUGUGCUUACAACACUGGGUGACGAUGAAGAAGCGUAUCCCGGCAAGGCUGGUGCUGGCAAGGCCGGAUUCUACUCACUCACGUUGCAGCGCAUCGUUGUGAAUCCCCGUACUCACAACCCUGAAUAUGUGUACAAGGUUUUCUCACCAGAAGCGGUGACCCCGGAUUUCUUGUCUGAAUUGCUCGAUGUCGAGAUCCCGGACCUAUUUACUCAUAAAAGUGGCAGUGAAGCAGUAGAUGACUCCGUCGUCAAUCCCAUCUCGUGGUUUCACGCCACGGUCUUCCACCCUUAUCCGCAAAUGCACCCUCGCGUCACCUUCCAGGACCCUAUCAUCGGAGACAGCCUAUACUACACGUCUGGAAUAGAGAGUUUUAUUUCCACUAUGGAGACCAGCGCACUAAUGGGCAUGAACGUGGCGCGGCUGAUUAUUGAUGAUUAUGCCGGCAUUCCCCGGGCCAGCGAUGAAGAGCUGGGUCCCAUGCCCACGGCACAAUACCGCGAAGGCGCUGAGCAGAAUGUUCUUGGCCAGCAACAGCAGGAAACAGCCAAACAUUAUGGUCAACCUAUCGAAGAUGCGAAUGAACUUUAACCCCUAGGAUGGUUUCAAACGGUUUAUACGCUACAUUUGCUGGCUGGAGACACUUUUCUCUCGCGACCCAACGCCAACAAAGUCCGAGUCGACUACAGUUGCUGAUUUCAU